CCCAGGAGGAAGACAUCUGAGAUAAGGGAGUUGUAGCAGGUGCUACUGUAUAAAUAGACGCAUAGGGGACUUUCGAUUCAUUCACCGUGGACAUUGGGACAUGGCGUUCUUAACGAAUACGUUUCAGACUUUUUGGAUCGCGUUUCUGUCAACGCAUCUGACUUACGGCGCCACUCUCUGGAGUUGGAGCCAUGAAAGCCAGAACAAGGAUAUUAUUGCCGUCUUAAAGGAGGGUUUUCACAUGACCGAUUACGCAGGGAAGUUUGGGCUUGGCGCAGACGACUCUCUCACCCUUGCUGAAGACCCCCAAAAUCCGGGCCAGUGGGUUCUGAGGGUAUUCUAUGCUCAAGGCAGUUACAGCCACAGUGGAAAACACAGAGGAGCCCAGUUUUACGGUACACCAAGCGAAAUAACAUCUCAUUCCUACACGACCUUGACCUUGGAGUAUGAGGUGUAUUUUCCGUCAUCGUUCAGCUGGGUGAAAGGCGGCAAACUCCCCGGCCUUUGGGGAGGUACCCGGGACUGCUCCGGAGGUCGUAUUAAAGAGACAUGUUUCUCAACACGACUCAUGUGGCGCACAGAGGGGGACGGAGAGGUGUACGCCUACGUGACGCACAGUCAGAAUCCUGACUUUGACACGUGGUGUGCCAGGUACGGCAACUCGAGCAUCGCCACGUAUAUGAAGGUGUACUGUGAUCCAACUUACGGAGUUGAAAUCGGUACGGGCGCCUGGCGAUUCCAACACGAACGCUGGCACCAUAUUAAACAAGAAGUUCGCCUGAAUGCUGAGCCAGGUCAAAACGGUUAUAUUAAAGUAUGGGUGGAUGGCAAAGCGGAAGUUCACGUGACCGAAGUGCGCAUGCGCUCUAACACAAACUUCGACAUUGACGGGCUUUUUUUUUCGACGUUUUUCGGCGGCUCAGACAGCACGUGGGCCAGUCCACACGACACGUACUCGUACUUCCGCAAUUUUAAAAUCACCACCGAUACUGCCGACAUCUCGCACAGUGAACUCGUCGGAUAGAAACUCGUCUUGAAUGAAGCUCAUGCGAAUUAUUUAAUUACUAAUAGCUUACCACCA